AUGGCCCUCGCAGGCAGGACAGCGGCGUGGUGGGCGCGGCUGCGGAGCCCCUGCCCGGCCGCCGCCCCGCUCUGCCUUGCGGCCUGGCUGCCCGCGGCGGGCGGGCGGCGCUUCAGCUCCCGCGGCAAGGAAAAAUUAGAUAUGUCAACGUAUCCGGUUGAAAGCAUUAGAAACUUCAGUAUUAUAGCUCACGUAGAUCAUGGAAAAAGUACACUAGCAGACAGAUUGUUGGAAAUUACAGGUAGGUGUUCUCAUUUUAUACUACCUUUUCAUGAUAUGGAAGGUGAUGUCUAAGUUUCUAUAGCUUUGAUUAUUACUAAAAUUUCUGAUAUCUUUCGUCUUCUAAUGCCACAUUGCUUAUG